AGAGAGAGAGAGAGAGAGAGGGAGGGAGGGAGAGAGAGAGAGAGAGAGGGGGAGAGAGAGAGAGAGAGUGAGAGAGUGAGAGAGAGAGAAAUCUCAAACCCGGAGCGCUGCCGGCCGCGGAGCGCCGAAGCUGAUCAGGAGAGGUGAGGGACUCUUUCCAGCCCGCUACCGGAGAGGCCAUCAGCUCGGAUACCGACCCAGCGCUCCAUACCCCCCUUUCCCCACCAUGGCCAAGCUCUCGGUGCUCCUGCUGUGCCUGCUGAUACCCAGCCUGUGCGACAUUGUAUCGAUGUAUCGCACAUCCAGACAGACCCAGGACCUCGCAACGUUAACCGAUCUGGAAGGAUCAGGGUCAGAUGAUGAAGAUGAGGGAUUUUACUCUGGCUCCGGGGGUUCGGGAUACCCCGACUUCGAAAGUGAGCUAAGGUUCACCCCGGGUGUGACCAGGGCAGUGACAGUCACGCCCUCCACCUCUGCCUUCAGCUCGGUCCAGCCCUUCGCCUUCACCUUCCGGAGCACCACCUUGACGAGCGGCGGCGGCACCCGAGCGCCGGCCCCUACCUCUGCCGCCCUCGCCACCCAGCAGGCCGCCACAGCGGCGCCCGCCCCCGCCACAACCCCGCGGGUGACCACGGCAAGCACGGGCGCGGCCACGACCUCCACCGUCCAGGCUCCGACCGCCCGUAGCAGCACCGUCGCUGUCGUCCCGCUGGCCACCACGGUGAUAACGGCCACAACCAAGCAGAGUACGACCAGCCUGGGAGACGUGGCCAGACCCAUUUCCACGCCUGACCCGCAGACGGAUAGAGCAACUUUAGAAAGCUUCACGGCAGGCACGAGUAAAACCAUCCUGUCCGCUCCUUACGUCACAGAGAAGACGAGCUCCAGUGAGCAGGUGGAAGAGGUGACCAUUAACAACGAAGUGGAGGCUCCAGCGGCAGGUUCUCCCAGUGGAGACUUCGAGAUCACCGAGGAGGUGGAAGUGGUGAACCGCGAGGCAAAUAACGAAGUGUUCGCAGCUAUCACACAGCCAACUGUCCGGGGCACUGGGAAAAUUGACCUGCCCGAUAUCAUAGACAAUGCAAUAGACUCUGGCAGUUCAUCAUCAGCUGCACAAUUACCCCAGAAGAACAUAUUGGAGAGGAAAGAAGUUUUAGUAGCGGUCGUCGUCGGGGGAGUGGUCGGAGCCCUCUUCGCCGCCUUCCUGGUCAUGCUGCUGAUCUACCGAAUGAAGAAAAAGGACGAAGGCAGCUACACGUUGGAAGAGCCAAAGCAGGCGAGCAUAGCUUACCAAAAACCCGACAAGCAGGAGGAGUUUUAUGCAUAAACAAUUCGAGAGUGCCUCUAAUUGUUCGGACUGUAAACUGAUCGUUCUCUUUAAAAAAAAGUGCAUAGAAAAGAAUAAUAAUCCCAAAUGUCACUUGAGCAAAGUUCUGCCGAGUCAGAGAGAUGUUUUAACGCUGGCCUUUUUCACUGAUAUUGUUGAAUUUACUGUCAUUGUUCCAACUAAGACUUACGGGGGGUGCGGGGAGGGGGGUGGAGGUGGUGUCUGUACCAGGGGGACCAGAAACCACAAAGCACAGCGGCUGCUUCUAGACAAUUACAGCACCACAAUAGAAUGGGGGCAGAGCACUGGGAGUGGUCUUGGCGACUGAGAAAUGCUGAAGCUUUGCAUAUCAAAUAAAAAAAAGUGGGUUUUAAUACACAUUACUCGCCCAGAAUGUUACAUUCCCUUAUUUGAACUAAUAGUUGCAUUGUUACCAAGACUACUCCCUGCCCCACCCACCCCCAC